AUGUCCGACGAUUCCAAGCAACAACAAAAAGAUGCCACAGCAGACAACAUCGUAUUAAGCGCUGAAGAUACAGAGCCGGGGACUAACAUUUCGCUAACGAUUCGUCAGAGCCAACUGCCGGACAAUAAGAUCACCGAACACAAGGCUCUAACAUCACUAACAGGCUAUCUUCCACCCUUGAAGCGAAAAUCGAACUCAACCGAAAUACACGUCCACACCCGAAGAACAACCAAUCGAGACUACGCGUUUCCAACGCCACGGAGGGGGUCCGGGCACUUGCGAGAAUAUGACAACUGA